AUGAAGAUGAAACGGCAAAAUGUUCGCACACUGUCUCUCGUCGUAUGCACAUUUACAUACUUAUUAAUUGGUGCAGCUGUGUUUGAUGCUCUGGAAUCAGAAACAGAAAGCAAAAGAUGGGAAGUUUUGUCAGACAUGAAAAAUGGCUUAGUGAGAAAAUAUAACAUUACACCAGAAGACUACCAUAUGAUAGAGAUUGUCAUAAUUGAGAACAAACCUCACAAGGCGGGCCCUCAGUGGAAGUUUGCUGGGGCGUUCUAUUUUGCUACAGUAGUGUUGGCCAUGAUUGGAUAUGGACACUCAACUCCGGUAACUGUUGGAGGGAAAGCAUUUUGUAUGGCUUAUGCAGUUGUAGGCAUACCACUCGGGCUAGUAAUGUUCCAGAGUAUAGGAGAGCGUUUGAACAAGUUCGCGUCGGUGGUGAUCCGCCGCGCUAAGUGUUAUCUGCGCUGCAACACCACCGAGGCCACUGAGAUGAAUCUCAUGUUCGCCACCGGGAUGCUCUCAUCUAUAAUCAUCACCACAGGAGCUGCAGUUUUUUCGAGAUACGAAGGUUGGAGCUACUUUGACAGUUUUUAUUAUUGUUUUGUGACACUAACUACGAUUGGCUUUGGAGAUUACGUCGCUUUGCAAAAUGAUCAAGCUUUAACAAGUAAACCUGGCUACGUGGCUCUCAGUCUUGUGUUCAUUCUGUUUGGACUGGCAGUGGUGGCUGCUAGUAUCAAUUUACUAGUACUGCGUUUCAUGACUAUGCAAGCUGAAGAAAAUGCACGAGAUGAAGAAAAAGAGGGUUCGAGGACAUUGCUGCCUAUAGACGGGCACGUAAUCACCAGUCGACAACGAUCGCACGACGACCAAGCCUCGGUGUGUUCGUGUAACUGUUUGGGCAACAAGCAGUGUGAGGGCGGGUUACUGCCGGCAACUUCGCGGCCCACACUGCGGGCACGAUCCUCUCUAGCUGCUGACCUCAUCGAGAGGGCGUCUGUCUAA